AUGUCUCAAUCUUCAAGCUACAUCCACGGCGCCGCAACCGUGCGCUCUCACUCCACACGCACCGCGUCGGCCGACUGUCCGCACCUGCUCCCCCACCUGACGGACAAACUGCGCAUCCUGGACGUCGGAUGUGGCCCCGGGACCAUAAGCUGCGACUUGGCAGCGCUUGUGCCGCAGGGGCAGGUAGUUGGCGUCGACGUAUCCGCCCACGUCGUCUCUGCCGCCCGCGAGGUCGCGAAAGAGCGCGGUCUGAAGAACGUCGAGUUUGCUGAGGGCGACGUGUACGGCCUCCCGUUCGGCGACAACGAAUUCGAUGUUGUGCAUGCGCACCAGGUGCUGCAGCAUGUGGGAGACCCGGUGCGCGGGCUUCGCGAAAUGCGGAGAGUGCUUAAGCCCGAUGGUCUCCUGAGCUUGCGUGAGGCUAUCUUGAAGGCUUCAGUCUGGUACCCGGAGAGUGAGGGUUUGCAGCUGUUCCAUGACGUUUACCUGCGGACUGCUCAAGCGGGAGGUGGCUCUCCUGACGCUGGGAGAGGACUGGCUGCGCUAGCACGACAGACUGGCUUUGAGAGAUCGAAAAUGGAAGUCAGCACUGGAACUUGGUGCAAAGCCGAUAAGGAUGACAGGGAGUUUUGGGCGAAGUAUUGGAUUGACCGCUUGCAGCAAAGCGAGUUCCGGACAAAGGCCACUGAGCUUGGUGGUGCCACUGUUGAGGACCUGGAAAUAUGUUGCAAAGGCUGGAAUGAUUAUGCUGAGAAUGAGGAUGCGUCCUACACCAUCUUGCAUGGGCAGCUUAUUUGCAGGAAGUAA